GACGAUGAGAGGCCGAAAGGUGCUGCAAACAGCAAACCGCCAUGCCAAUCAACGAUGGUCGGCAUCCGCUUGUUGGGGUUGGCACUGUGGUUGGUCCUCCUAGGAUUGUCAAGUUGCUUUUCGUUUCCUUUUAUCGAACGCCAUUCAGCAUCAAGAGAAUCACUCUCGACCUCUCCGUUCAGCACAUCAUUCUCCAUGACUGCCAAGGACGCCAUGGCCGACAGCACUACUACAACCGCAAAGUCCGGUGAUGAUGAAAACUGCAGCCUUUCCCUUUGGCUGCUCCCAUCACCUCAAGAUCCUGCUCGAGAAACCUUGAACAAGGCGAUCCAGUCCUUUUCCCAACUCCCAUCAGCCAGUGUUCCAUUUCAGCCACAUAUCACACUCAUGGGAGGAAUCCAAUGUCCCUCCCUCGAGUUUUUCCAACUGAACAUACUACCGAAACUGCGAGAGAACCUUGCCAAAAUGGGACCGAUCCCCUGCCAAUUUGAAGCAGAACCCGUGAUGGAAGCAAAGUGGAACCAAGCUUGUGUUUUGGUCAUGGACGAAGAAUCCUGUAGUGAGUUUUCCAAUUUGGUCGAAGUGUGCCGAGAUUAUUUGAUGGCAAAUAAUGUCCUCCAAAAAGACGACAAGGGAUCCACCAAAGAAAAUUGGUAUCCUCCGCCUUUGAGGCGGCCUCAUUUGAGUCUCUACUAUGGAACAGAGCAGAAUGCUCCUUCUCCCGAUCAAGUCAAGCAACAAUUAUUGUUGUGGACACCAGGGAAGGUCGAUCAAGUUUCAUUUCGAGCCAAUCAAGUGGCUGUUUGGAGAACAGAUCCACCCACAACAGAGGGCGUGGCGCAAUGGGAGCAGCUUGCUAUCAUUGAUCUUCUGGCAACUGAGAAAUGAUGUCGUUGCAGGAACGCACAACAACUAACUCUGAUUGAUGCCUUAUAACGGAUACGCAGAUAGCCAGCCAUGCAAUGCAGUAUUUAGAAACCGCUACAACUCAAGAGCCAACAGAAUCCCUGCCUGCAGCAAAAUAUCAGAACGGAGAUUGCCAUCCUAUGAAACCUUUGCGACCAGUAGUUGAUUGUUUCAACUUGCAUUCCUGACUUGAUUAGGAAGAACAAUAGCUAAAGUUCGAUAAAGCGAUCAUGGCGAUCUACACAAAAGCCCCGCUCGUGAGUACCGGUAUACAACACCAGUGGCAACAUACCGG